GCGCCACGCGCGCCGUCGCUCCGCCCUCCACCACCACACCCCACCAUGGCCACCCUCGACACACCCACGCCCAAGCGCAGCGUCUCCUUCGGGCCCAACUCCGGGCCCGCGCCGCCGUCGUUCGCCAGCGGCAGCGGCACCGCGCCCGCCACGCCCGCCGGCGCCGGCGCCUCGGCGUCGUCGUCGGCCGCCGCGUCGCCCGGCGCCGCGCUCAAGCCUGCGCUCAAGGCCACGGCGCACCUGCCGCUGCCGCCGGCGGCGCAGUACGCGCACGCCGACCCGCUGCUGCGCCGCCUGCGCCUCGUCGACGCCGCCGGCGCGCCCGUCGACCUGCGCGCCCACUUCCGCGACGCCAAGGUCGUCGCCUUCUACUUCAGCAGCCAGUGGGCCGGGCAGCCGCUGCGCGAGUACACGCAGACGAUCACCGAGUUCUGCCGCGCGCAUCCGCACGAGUUCAAGGUCGUGUACGUCUCCGUCGACGUCGACGAGCGGUGGUAUAAGGCCGGCGUGCAGGGCAAGCCGUGGGUGUCGAUGGCCUGGAACGACGGCUCCUCGCUGCCAGGACAGGAGCGCGACGACGGGCGCAGCGGCACCGGCGUGAGCUCCGCCGAUGACGACGCGCCGCCGGCGCUGUACAACAAUGAAGACUUCCUGCUCGCCGGCGAGGCCGACAUCGACGAGUUCCUCUCGCGCUCCGACACGACGGGCACGGCGUAUCUGCGGCCCUUCAGCCGCGUGCACCUCGCCAGCAAGCUCAACAUUCUUGCUGCACCCACGCUCGCUGUCUACUACCCAAAGGAGAGUCGCUUCCUCGACUGGAACGUGCGCAUCGCGCGCUUGAAAGACGGCGAGCGCGAAGAGACAUGGCGGCGGUGGAGCAACGGAGAAGGCGCAGGCUCAUUUGGCGUGCGAGAUUUCUUCAAGCAGGCACCGGGCACGACUGCGCUCCUGGUCAUCGCCAUGCUCAUGUGGGCGGCGGUGCUGUUUGGCGGCGACGACUACAACUUUGUCAAAUUCGCAAUCGAGCAGGCGCAGCCGCUGCUCGGCUGGAAGGGCGAUCCGGCUGCUGUGCCGCACGCCGAGCUAUAAUGUGCCAUGUCUCCGUCCUGUCUCGUCUGCG